AAGAAGCCCAGAGCUAUAGCUAAGAAAGCAGGAGUGUUGGAGCUUGAUGCUACAACUCACUUGCAAGCCCAGAUGGCAGCUAUCACUAGUGAAAUAUCUAAAUUAAGAGUUGACAUCAACAAGCCAAAAGUUGAUGUCUGUGAUAUAUGCACAAGAUCUCAUAAUAGCUCUAAUUGUCAGGCCACAUUGGAAGAGGUUCAGUUUGUGCAAAGUUGGAGGCCUCAGCAGAGCAACAACUGGAAUAAUCAGAAAUCAAACAAUCAAAGACCAGCUCAACCACCUGGAUUUCAGAAUCAACCAUUCAGAGUCAAGGAGGAGGACUGGAUUAAGGUGGGUAAUGUUCUUGCUAGUCUUGAUGCCACUAUAAAGACGAUAUGCAGAAACAGACCUGGAGCAAGUGGAGAAAUCUUUGUUGAGGAAGGAAGAAUGGCAGUAGAUGAUUCCAACUUGGAAGAAUCUGCAGCAGCACACUCAAUUGAGAAGAAGAAGGACAGCUGCCCUGCUGCCAAGUUGCUGUUGCAGUAG